AGGCGGGAUGGAGGCGGUGAGGGGAGGAAGACGAAGCGCCGCCGCCGCCGCCUCCGCCGGGCCCGGGGCCUGCGGGUGCCAGGGAAGCCGCUCCUGCCUGCUCUGCGAGGAGGCCGCCCCGCCCCCGCAGAAAAGAGAGAACUUUGUUUACUGUCCACUAACGGGUUUGGCUGUGGGAGAAGAGCAAUCAGAAUUUGCAAACUGGGCCUUUCCGUUUCCAGGAAUUUUUUUGCUGGAAGACUUCAUAAGCCUAGAGGAGGAAAGCAAGAUGGUUGAGCUGAUGGAUCAAAAUGCUUGGAAGCUGUCACAAUCUGGCCGAAGAAAGCAGGACUAUGGCCCCAAAGUCAACUUCAAGAAGCACAAAUUGAAAGUGGCUGGUUUUUCCGGCUUGCCCAAAUUCAGCCGGGACUUUGUGACACGGAUGAAAAAUCAUUCUACACUGGCAGGCUUCUCCCCUGUUGAGCAGUGCAACUUGGAUUAUGACCCCAAGAGAGGAUCUGCAAUUGACCCUCACUGGGAUGACUGGUGGCUUUGGGGUGAACGCCUAGUGAGCUUAAACUUGCUAUCCAGCACUGUGCUUUCCAUGUCUUGUGAUUCUGAGGGCAAUCUCCAGUUAUUCCCUGCUUUCCUUAGCAAAAAGGAGCAGAUGCAUGGCUCUGGAUCACCUGCUGUCCCUCAGAGCCAUCACCAACCAACCAGUUUUAUGCCUACAAAAAGACUUGAAAACACUGUUGAAUGGGGAACAGAUUACUCUUCUUCCACAAAGUUGGUUCCACCCAAAGACAUCACUGUUGCUGUUCACUUACCUAGGAGAUCGCUGGUGGUUCUGUAUGGUCCUGCUCGCUAUGUAUGGAAACAUGCCAUUUAUCGCAAUCGUAUCACAAGCCGCCGGAUCUGCGUCACUUUCAGAGAGUUGUCUGAGGAGUUCAGUCAUGGAGGAGAACAGGCAGAAGUGGGUAGAAAGCUCCUUGACAUUGCCCUAACAUUUCAGGGAACACCAGUGUAAGCAUUUGAGAGAAAGAAUUGUGAUUCUUAUUUGUCUGGAAAUUAAAGUGCAAAGCUUUUA